GGGAUCUCCACGAGAGAGAGAGAGAGAGAGAGAGAGAGAGAGAGAUUUCCAUGAGUGAAAUUGAUGGUUUGAGCAUUGGUGUGGGGUAAUUCAGAAUUGGUACCUCUCACCAAACCAGACCUCAAUUAGGGGGAAAGCAAUGACUGAAUUGCAAAUGUGACCCAAAACAAUAGCUCUCGCAGCAAACCCGAAGACCCAUAAACACUAUCUUUCCCGGGUGUCUAAUGGAUGGAGCUGGUAUUUUAGGAUUCCAUUGACCAUCCCCAUUUGGCCAUUUCAUUCUAUUUUUGGUCUCCUCCACAAAAGCUGGAGAUUUUCUGCCUCUCUCAUUUUCUCUCUCUCUCUCCAGGAACUUCUGUUGUUGAUCAAUUCUCGGCGGUAUCUAUCAUUCUUCGCUCUGAAUUUCUAUUCCAUUUCGUCUCAGGAACAUUAUAUUUUCUGGGAUUUUUGUGAGCUUUUGAUACAUGGCUUCUCGUAGGCGAAUGCUUUUGAAGGUCAUUAUCCUCGGGGAUAGUGGGGUCGGGAAGACAUCUCUGAUGAAUCAGUAUGUGAAUCGUAAGUUUAGUAAUCAGUACAAAGCUACCAUUGGAGCGGAUUUUUUAACGAAAGAAGUUCAGUUUGAAGAUAGGUUGUUCACAUUGCAGAUAUGGGAUACAGCUGGGCAAGAAAGGUUCCAAAGCCUUGGUGUGGCUUUUUACCGUGGCGCAGACUGCUGUGUUCUAGUGUAUGAUGUGAAUGUCUUGAAAUCAUUUGAGAAUCUUAACAAUUGGCGGGAAGAAUUUCUGCUUCAGGCCAACCCACCUGACCCUGAAAAUUUCCCAUUCGUUGUGUUGGGAAACAAGAUAGAUAUUGAGGGAGGCAAUAGCCGGGUGAUUUCAGAAAAGAAAGCAAAAGCAUGGUGUGCCUCCAAGGGAAAUAUACCUUAUUUUGAGACUUCUGCAAAAGAAGGAUUUAAUGUGGAGGCCGCUUUCCAAUGUAUAGCUAAAAAUGCUCUCAAGAAUGAACCAGAAGAGGAACCAUAUCUUCCUGAUACAAUUGAUUUUGUGGGUGGAGGGCGACCGGAUAGAUCUUCAGGGUGCGAAUGUUAGCAAGAGUUGUGGUGAGCUCAGUUUCUCUGAUCAAACUGCCACUGCCAUAUAUCUCCCCCAUUCAUAUCUUCCCGUUCUAUAAUGUAACACUGAAAAAAUUAUAGGCCACUGGAAUUCCAAUUUGUAUCAUAAGUGGAUUAUAAAAAAUAAUUUGAUCAUCUGUCCAUUCCAAACA